CUGAUUCAUUUUUGCAGAAGAAGUCAAGCACCUUAUACUGGUCACAUGGUAGACAGUGUGACCAUUUCAAAGAAGUAAGGCUCAGAAGAUGGACCGGCUCUGCCUCUCCGCAGCCCUUCUCGUCCUCUUGAACAUCCUGGUGGCCGGCGCCCAGCGGAGUGACACCAUUUCCCCUUCCCAGCGCCGUCCCGUGUUCUGCCUGGAGCCGCCCUACAAGGGUCCCGGGAAGGCGGUGUUUCCCAGGUUCUUCUUCAACACCAGGUCCGGGGUCUGCGAGGCCUUCGCGUUUGGCGGCGGCAGAGCCAAGCUCAACAACUUCCUGACCAAGGAUGAGUGCACCCGAGUCUGCAGUGGGAGAAAACCAGCCUUCGAGACCGAGGACAAGCUCCAGGCUCAGCCUGAACUCAAGGACGAGCCUGGGGACAAGACUGAGGAGGCGGACCUGAUCCAGGUGCCCGUGUGCCAGAGCCUGGAGCCUGAGGACCAGGACGGAUACGAGGCCGAGAAGCCUGAGGAUGACGACUAUGACAUCGAGGACGACGGUGAGGAUGAUGGUGAGGACGAGGACGAUGGUGAGGACGAGGACGAUGAGGAGGACGAGGAGGACGAGGAGGACGAGGAGGAGCCCCAGGACUAGCAUGAGGACGAGCCUUAGACGGAGGGGACCCUGGAACCUGAGCUGCCCUGAGAUGCUGAAGGAGACCCCACGCAGGGCUAGGCCAUGGUGACCUUCUGAAGCGGUUCAGCCUACUCC